AAUAACAGAAAAGAAGCAUUAUUGUUUUACUUAAUAUGAUGGUGAACGAUUCAUUAACAUUUUCUGAUUGUGUAGGCUGUAGUCCUGCUCACGUCUCAUGAAUUAUUCUGUAUAUGUUACAUAUUACUUAACCCCAAAAUUCGCAUUUCAGAAUAUCUUCCACACUCAAAUUUAUUUACGUAGGUAUAAUAGAGAAUUAUCUCUUUUUAUAAAACUGCUACUCAAUUUCUCCAAAAUAUCAAAAAUGCACAACGUUAAUAUUCAAGUUUUCACUUCUGCCGGCACUCCCUGAGUGCAAUCCAAUUUUUUUUUAAUGCUUCUAAUUCCUAUAAUAAUUAAAAAUUCCAAAAAUAUCAAACGUAGGGGCAUAGCUGUGGUGGAUAUACAACAAAUUGUGUCAAAAUAUUUUCAUUAAUGUUGAUAUCCAGAGAGGAAAAUGAGGACUACGUUUGUAUGAAAAAGUGAUUUCGCGCAAAUCCUCCACUUUCGUCCUAACACGCAAAAAGUGAUGCUUUAUCCUUGCAACAUUUUAUUUACAACCACGUGUACAGGGUCUUUUAUUACUACUUGUCAAACGCCAAAUCAGCUGACGAUGACAGCUGUCAUUUUCAACGUAAUACUACUUAAUUGAGAAUACUGAAAUACGAGUGUAAUUUCAUAACAUUUGCCGACUUUGUAAAUUUGAAUAGUAGUACAAUUCAUUGCUCAAUAGUUCAAUGCAUUUCACAAACCGGUUGAUUGAGUGAUUGAAUAAUAAGCGAAUAACCUUGAGUUAUUAUCCAAUUUGUUGUAGACGUUAUAUAGUGUUACACCCGACUAUUUCUUUUAUCUAAUCAAGCUUGUUUUCAGUUUAGUUUUUGAUCUCAGCUGAAGUCAGUCUGUCGAUAGCUCGAUACAGAGUUCAACCGGCAUCUAGUUAGGUUAUUUCACAUUCCAGAAUUUGAACAUUUAAUUCUUUUAUUAUUCUACAAUGGCGUACAUAGUAGAUAUGCGUUCGGAUACCGUAACAAAGCCUACCAAGGCGAUGAAACAUGCUAUGGUCAAUUCUGCCUUGGGAGAUGAUGUUUUCGGAGAGGACCCCACAGUUAAUGCCUUGGAAAGUAAGAUUGCGGCUUUGAUGGGAAAGCCUGCCGCGUUGUUUGUGCCUUCUGGUACCAUGUCCAAUUUGAUUGCAAUCAUGGUGCACUGCAAUAAGCGAGGCUCGGAAGUCAUUGUUGGAGACAAGGCACACAUUUACAAAUAUGAACAAGGCGGUGCAGCUCACGUCGGCGGCUGCCUAUUAUCCACAAUGGAAAACAAUCCCGACGGCACCUUCGACCUGGAGAAGAUGGAGAAGCGCAUCCGAGGCACCGACAUACACGAGCCAAUCACGUCGCUCGUCUGCAUUGAGAACACGCACAACGUUUGUGGUGGAAAGGUGCUGCCAAUGAAAUGGCUUGACGAGCUGUCUGCCAUCUGCAAGAAGCAUUCUAUACCUAUACAUGUGGAUGGGGCGCGUAUAUUCAACGCGGCAGCGUACCUGAACGUCCCUGUAAAAGAAGUGGUCAAGCACUGCAGCAGCAUAUCCGUGUGUUUCAGCAAAGGCUUAAGCUGUCCAGUCGGUUCCGCACUCGUUGGUUCCGUACAUUUUAUUGAACAAGCGCGACGCGUCCGCAAGAUGCUAGGAGGCGGAAUGCGGCAAGCCGGAGUGUUGGCUGCGUGCGCACUCGUGGCGCUGGACGAAAUCGUUCCACAGCUGGAGCUGGACCACAAACGUGCGCACAGAAUGGCUAAAGUAAUCGAAGGCAUGUUCCUCAAAUGCUUCACCGUAGACGUCCAAAACCAGCACACCAACAUAGUCCUCGUGAGGCUCACGCCAAAAUGCCCAGUUGGAGCGGGAAAGGUCGUACAGAGGUUAGCGCAAGUUUCACUGCAAGAGACUCAGGGCGACUGCAAAACCGCAAACGACGAAGGCGUGAUACUGAAAAGCAUCAUCUUCGACGACCAAACCAUUCGCUUUACACUCCAUAACGGCAUCACAGAUGAGGACCUGUGGCUCGCAAUCAUGAAGAUCACCUACGUGUUCAAGGAGAUUGAGGCGGAGGCGGGGAAAGCUACUAAAAUUUAGAUCCCCUUAAAAAAAAACCCAAAAAAACAAUGGAGCGUGUAUCUAGUUAGAGCGUUAAUCGCCAUACGUAAAUUUUCAAACCCCCCUAAAAUAAAAAGAGGGGUGAUAUAAGUUUCAAGCAGGGGUCGGCAAACUUUUUAUGAGGGCAACCUCAAUAGAAAUAGUCAGUUUUAGGAAUGUGAAAGAGACCCAAAAGUUGAUUUUAUUGAUCUAACGGUUGGCCGGUCGAAGUAUUGUAUAGAUGGCGUCAGCAUAGGUUUUUUCCUAUCAAUCCUACGUCCUACCAAAGAGAAUUUGAAGUAGAAGUAGAUUGUCAAAGAAAACUUUGUAGUUACAGUAAAUUUAUUGCCAUAUUUCUACACAUGAUUAAAACUGAUAUGUAUUAAAUAUCAAAAAGUGGCGCCAUCUUAUCGGGCAUCGGCCAAAGAUUGUGGCGCCAUCGCUCGAAACGAUGCCGCCAUUCCUUUGGCCCUUGAUCUAUUAGAUGGCGCCACUUUUUGAUAUUCCCAAAAUGUGGCUACAAAGAUUUCUUUGACAUUUCAUCUCUAUUUCAAAUUCUCUUUGCUAAGACUAAGCGAUAAUCGCAGAUGGAAGCAUUUAUUCAUAGCCGUGGGACCGUCGCAUAAGGGAGGGGUGGUGAACUGAUUAAUGUCAAAUAUGGCGCCGGUAGCUGUCAUCCAAAGUUUGAUUCUAAAGAGAGGAUUUUAAGCACGAAGAAUUUCGUAAAUUGCCCCGCUUUUUUCUAUCUCUAUCGCACGCGCAUAAUUAUAUCGCUGUCCCUCUUGCACGAUGGC